GUAAAUGAAUAUUUGUCAUUAUAGAGUUCAGUGAUAUUUGUGCAUUUUGUCUGUCGUUCGCUAAUUCACUGUAGGAACGUCGGGAGAGUUAUUUUUCAUUUGUGCUUCGGGGGAAGUCUUUCACAGAGCGUCUUCAUAUUUGUCAUAUAUUUGAAUUCUUCAGUUGUGAAAAGAAUACAUAACCAUUAUGGAUCCAUCACUACUGAAGGAGAGAGAUGCCUUCCGAAAGAAGGCAAUGGCCACCCCUGUGGUGGAAACCAAACCAAAGAAGGCACCUUCAAAACCCAGUGUCAGCGAGCCUCCAAAGAAGAAGGCUAAAACUGGACCGACCCCUGGUGACAUUCACAGCCUGAAAAUGGUAUCGGGCAGCUCUCAGUACCGUUUCGGCGUGCUGGCCAAAAUCGUCAAACACAUGCGCAAGCGCCAUCAGGAGGGUAACUUGUACCCGCUCACCCUGGAGGAGAUCCUGGAUGAGACCAAUCAGCUGGACGCCGGCUCCAAAGUCAAACAGUGGCUACAGACAGAGGCGUUGCCUAGCAACCCGAAGAUCAUGGUGACGCCGGAGGGCAAGUACCAGUUCAAGCCGCCGUACGAUCUGCGAGACCGCAAGACGAUGCUGAAGCUACUGCGGAAGCACGACCUCAAGGGCUACGGCGGCCUGCUGCUAGAGGACGUGCAGGAGAGCCUGCCCAACUGCGACCGCAUCAUGAAGCAAAUAGCCAACGACAUCACCUACAUCGUCCGGCCGCAGGACAAGAAGAAGGUCAUCUUCUACAACGACCGCACGGCCCGCUUCCAGGUGGACGAGGAGCUCGCCAAGCUGUGGCGCAGCGUGCCUGUCCGCGGCGUCGAUGACGAGAAGAUCGAGGAGUACCUGGAGCGCCAGGGUCUCCAGGCGAUGCAUGACCACGGCCUGAAGAAGCUGGUGCCGCCCAAGCGCAAGUCUCGCGGAGGAAAGCGGAAGAACAAGGCGCCGAAGGACAAUGACCAUCUGAAGGAUGUGCUGGAGACCUAUGAUGAGGGUUAAUAAGUGGAUGGGUAGGGGGUUUUGAGGGCAGGCUUCCGCUGGGUGAGGGUAGUGGAGUCAGGAGGGUCCUAAGUUAUUGACGCGCUGUGAAAUGUCAUCGGAGCGGGGCACGAGCAGGUUCGCCCCGUCCGAUACUAACGUUUAGGACUUAAGUACUGCAAACUGAGCGUAUACGAUACGCAUUACAAGCAGACACAAACCGUAAACACUGCGUGCGGGAUCCGCUAGAAUAAGGACCGCGUGAAUCGACGGAUCGUACUGUGAAUCUUUGCGCCUGUAAGUCUUUGGGGUGCUUGCGCCAUCGUGAAUCGUGUAUCGUAAACGGCUAAGCUAUGAACACCAUUACAAAUACACUCGACUAUACUC